UAAUAAAACGCACGUGCAUCAUUAUCAACGCCUUUCGCGCGAACGGCUAUUACGGGCAAUCUCGAGUCUUCUUUUAUCGCGUUACACAGUUACAAUAAUUUUCGUGCCAAGAGCGUCUUUCAAGAGUUAAGUUUCAAGGAUGGAAUUGAAAAGAUUUAUCGGGAUUUAAAUACCAAAUGCAACUUUCAUAUUUUCAGAACAAAGUUUAGCAUUUAGUGUCGAAUAUUAAAAAUUGCAAUCAUUGUUAGUUGAAGUAAAAAUCCAUCUUGAUAAAGACACGUUUCGAAAUUAUCAAAAAUUUCAAAAUUAAUCGAAAGUCAAUUCAAAAUGAGAUUUGAUUUACUUUGAAUUUAAACCUCUAUGAUUCAACUUUUAAGAAUUACUAAAAAAAAUUUGAAUUCAAGAGAUUCAAACCAAUAUUUUAUUUCUUCAUAAAAAUGUUUUCAAUAUUUAUGUACCUAAUCAGUAAUUCAAUAAUAGUUAAAUUAAAAGUCACGUUUCAGUUCGCUUCGGCGUAAAGAAAUCUUGAUUCGCACAUCAUUAGUCAAUUAAUCAAAAACCCGUAACAUUUUUUGUGUGUAAGACCGUGUGUAAGAUAGUUAUUUUUGCCGAAGUAGGUAAUUAUCUUUCCCGGAUCUGCUCGCGAUAUAGUCGGGCAAGUUAACGCCUCCCCCAGAAACUCUUCCCGGCACCGGGGGAUGUGCUAUCGAUGUCAGCGUGCGUGAUAACGCGGCGCACGAUUUGUGGUUUCACGCGGCGCUUACCCCCUCCGGCUUUCUUAUAUCAAUUCCUACGCGCGACAUGCGAUCGCGCGGGUAUCUGCGCGCGAUUACCGUGUGCUCGCGUGUGUAGGUACGUAUCCGUGCGCGUAUGUGGACGAGCUGGCGGUAUAGGCAGGCGUCGCCGGGUGAACCUUAUCGUCGGUUUCUGGGUGAGCGCGUCGAGGCGUCACCGGGCUCGCUACGACGACAGGGGGGAGUGAAGGGGGGGGGGAUGGGAAAAGGAUGGUGAGGAGACACACCGGGGUAGAGCGAGGGGAGGGCGACCGAGGUAGUUGGAAGAAGCUACAGGCAAGGGGAUGCCCGAUAAGACGACGACGGGCGUCCCGACGCCAGUUGCCGGCCACCCCCACCGAGAUACGCCGCUGUCAUUCCGCGACUACCUCCUCUCCGCCUGGAGAAACUUGAGUCAGAAUCUGUGGCUCGAUGUGACACGUGACACGUUGCUGUUAUUGGCUCUAUUAUAUUUGACAUUAACCGGUGACGAUGUCAUGGACAAACGCAAAGGCGGACACGCGGGAAGAAUUUCGAGAAUCGAUCAAGUGAGCGAGGACAGACGCCGCGAGGGAUCUACAGCGAGAAUGCGCGUGAUGCCAAGCAAAGAGAAGCGCGGACGAUGCAGAAAGGAAAAUAUUGGAAACUCCAUUAGCGGCGGUGCAACCAGCCGUAUACCGGAAUACAUAAGCAGCUCCCAUAGAGAGGGAGACGGAUGAAGAGAGCACGGCGGCGGGGAAGCAGUUGAACGGCUAUGGGGAUUAUUACGCGAUUCAUUUGUAACAUUCCCUCCCCAGCAGUUCCCGCUGCUAUCUCUCCCUUUCUUCGGAGGUCUCUCUCCCUACGAUCUUUUCUCAGUUUCGUUUCGAUUCGAAAGCUGAAUCUGCCAAAUUUCCUUUGUCCCGCGGAUUUUGUCUAUCUCACUUUUUCUCUCUUUUCAUACUGAUUUUUAAUAUUUUUUGUUAAGCUCUUCUUGUACACACAUACACACACACACACACACACACAAAAUUUAAAUAUUAAUUUACAACUGAGUUUUGCUAGACAUUUUGUUCAAAUAUAUAUAUAUUCUUUUACUUUAUUUAACUUUGCCUUGUAUUUGUCAAGCAAAUCUAUUUUUCAAGUUCUUUCUUUGUUGAUAAAAAUGUUUAAAAAAUCUUCUCUCAAAUUAAAAAGAUUCUCCAAUUUUUUCAUAUAAUAUAAGAACACUUGAUCAAAUAUUAAGAA